UCGAGAAGGUCAUGCACACCAAAUUGUGAGGCGAUCGAAACGCCCCGGCAUAUCGAACUGGCAAUUGGAUGUAAAUCUGCUGCUGGACAGACGGACGUUGGCUUCGGCCAAAGCUACGGAUAGAAAUUGCCUUAUUGUGAAGUUUUGAUAGUGGGCCGUCUUUCUGCAGCCUCUGGUUCAAUUUCUUUACAAUUAUGGUUUUUGCUUGCCAAAAUGAUAGCUAUGCUAGAAAGCUCCCUGCUACAGUUGUCAGCUGCUCACCUGCUGAAUGUCAAGUGAUUUUGGAGGGCAAGAAGACAAAGGUCAAGGGAUAUGAGGUCAUUCUGGAUGACACAAUAUUAUUCCCAGAAGGAGGUGGUCAGCCGGACGACCGUGGCACGAUCGGCUCGUCGGAGGUGCUGCGCGUCACCAGACGCGGCGCCGAGGCAGUCCACUUCGUCCGUGACCCGCUGGCACCGGGCGACGUGGUGGAGGUCACAGUGGACUGGUGUCGCCGCUGGCACCAUAUGCAACAACAUUCCGGUCAGCAUUUGAUCACCGCCAUCCUGGACCAGCUGUAUGGCUUCCAGACCACCUCCUGGGCGCUGCGAGACACCGUCUCAUUCAUCGAGAUCGACGCCGCCGAGCUGUCACGUGACCAGCUGGAGGCGGCCGAGCGGCGCGCCAAUGAGCUGAUCCGGGAGGCGCGCCCCGUCCGGGUCACGGUUCACCAGCCCGGUGACCCCCAGCUGGCCGGGGUCAGGGCGCGUGGCCUGCCCGACGACCACACGGGCGCUGUGCGUAUCGUCAGCAUGGAGGGCAUCGACGACAACAUGUGCUGCGGCACGCACGUCAGCAGCCUGGCGCAUCUGCAGGCCGUCAAGCUGCUGCAGGCAGAGCGGGGCAAGAAAGGACGCACCAACGUCCACUUCGUGGCCGGCCAGCGGCUGCUGGACCUCCUGGGCGAGACUGCUGGCCGGGAGGCCCACCUCAACACCGUGCUGAGGUGUGGUCCUGCCGAGCACGGCACGAUCCUGGACAAGUGGCAGCGCUCGCUGAAGACCAGCCAGCGCGCCUGCCGCCAGCUGCUGCGUCAGCUGGCGCAGGCGGAGGUGGCGCGCUUCCGGUCGGCGGCGCCGCCGCUCGGCUUCCUCUCGGUCCACCAGCCGGCCGGCGACGCCGAGUUCAUGGCCACCGUGGUGUCGCUGCUCGACGACGAGACGGUACUGGCGGUGGUGACGGUCGGGGGGGAGCGGCUCAUGGACGACGUCAUCAACAGCUACUAUUUUGCACCGGCGUGGUCGUCUGGCGGUAGGGUGGUCAGCUUUGCCACGUGCUGGCAGGAGUCCAUGAUGGCCGGCCGUACCAGCGAGAUGCUGCGCGAACACCUGGAAGCUCGUGACGCUCACCUUGGAAUGGUUUGGCUGCUGCCCUACCACCGGAACGGAAACCAUUGGGCGCUGUACAUCGUGGCCAUAGCGUCCAAGACUAUCGUGUACAUGGACUCCCUGCACCUUCGGCCCAACAGACUGGACAUCGCCUUCAUUUAA